AUGGAGAAGUUACCUGCUGACAUAAUCCUAGAUAUACUAUGUCGCUUACCGUACGAAACCAUGAUCAACUGCAAACUAGUUUGCAAACCCCGGAGAGAUAUUUCAAGCAAUAUCAAGGUAGGUCUCCUUUUCCAGAUUGGGAGGGAACCUGCUUUAAAAUUCUGUUUUGGAGGAGAGGAAUACGAUGACAUUGAUAUGCAUGGGCAUUACUCUUACAAAACACUUGUGGAAAUUGAUAAUCAUCGGUCUAUUGAGAUAGAAGAACCCUUGACUGAGAUGGUUGUCUCAUGUAACGGUAUGGUUUGUUUCUCGGUAAAGGGCAAGUCCUCUCUUGCCCGUGAUCCCAUCUACAUCUGUAAUCCCAUCACUGAGGAAUAUGUGUAUCUUCCACCAUUCAAUAACUAUGAAAUAUAUAACGGUAAGUUGAUUGGUUGUGUUAUUUGUCGAUUUGGUUACUAUCAGUCUACGGAUGAGUAUAAAGUUGUUAGAAUCUACAUACGUGACGGUUCUAGACGUGAAGUUGAAGUAUACACUUUGGGUAGUGGUCAUGGGUGGAGACCUAAAGGAAAAACUGGUCACGUUUUUGAUAUAAAACCCGGUGUUUGUGCAAAUGGAGCCCUUCACUGGAUAGAGUAUUCGACAAAAAAAAUUGUGGCUUUCAAGUUUGCAGAUGAGGAGUUCCAAUUGAUCCCUCCACCAGCACUACAAAAGCGCCGCGUCACGCUACGCUUCGCUCUAGAUUUUCCCAAUUCACUCCGAUGCGUAGUUAUGAAGCGAAUCUAUCAUGAAGCGCCGCUUCACCCUGCGUUUCGCGCGCUUCUCUCCAAAUUUUUCCAAUUCGCUCCAAAACGAAUCUAG